UCCGCAAGAGGGCGAUAUAUCACAUAAAAUCUGCUGGCUCGCUUAAUCAAAAAACAAGCCAAAAUGUCGAUUGUUUUUGUCCCCAAACGGCUGCGCGGAAAAGCAAAAAUUAAUCAAGAAACAAUCCAGAGGCUGCUGGAUGAAAAUGACCAAUUAGUGAGAUGUAUCACUGAGUACAUGCAGAAAGGAAGAGCAGUGGAGUGCGUUCAGUACCAGCAGAUUUUGCACAGAAACAUUGUGUAUCUGGCGACCAUCGCUGAUGCCAGUCCAGACACCUUGCCUCUGAUAAACGUGACGUCAGCUCUGCAGGCGCCUCCUCAGCAGCUGUGAACUGACACCAAAGGACAAGACGGCCCGUCCCUAUUCACUCAUCGGCUGUUUGUUUAAAAAUAAAUGAAGGGUUCUUUUCAGGAUGUUCUACAGUCUUUUAGAUGCUUUUUGUUUUACUUUCUCCAGUUGCAGUGGCAGGAACACUGUUGGCUAAUUUUGAAAUCUUUCAGUCAAAAUCCAUUAAAAUAUUUUGUGACUUUGAAAGUUG